AUUCACUCAGUUACGCUAACCCAUUGGAGCAAGCCGGACGUUGGUUGAUUCGAAAUAAGUUGUUCGAAAUUCAAAGUUUAUUUAACAAUACCAAAGUAGUGUUUAGAUUUUAGUUGUUAUAAACUAAAUAGGUUUUAAGUGAACUAAUUUAGUAUUUUCGAACUAUUCUGUUUGGAAUCUUAUUCGUUGCAGUUUUUUUUACUGUAUCUUAACAAAAAAGUGCGGUGCGGUACCCAGUGUUCCGUGUGAAAAUCUGUGGCAUUUUUGUGAUUUAAAUAAUUCAUUUGGUCCACGAACAGUGUUUUGAAACUAACUGUUUGGUAUUUGGUUGUUUACUACGCUUGAAUACUAAGGAGCAGCCUCGCCCGACCGGUUUGCCGUAAAAAGUGAAAGAUGCUACCUCGGAAAAGGAACAGGGGUCUGCUGGCGCUGGCGCUGAUGCUGCUGGUGCAGUCUUCUGAACAACAUGGCUCUGGAGCACCACCUGGGUCGUGCUUAGACCAACUCCCCCGGCAUCCCGAGAUCGAGCCCCAGACCUCCGUGCCACCCUAUGUGGUAGUGACGUCAUCGUCCCAAGUCCGACAAGGAGAUAAGCUCAGCGUCACCAUUGGUAGCCAGCCUGGCGCGCCCGUGCCUAUUGGCGGCUUCAUACUGCAGGCCAGACAAGUGCAGAAUCCCGACACUAUUGUGGGCAAGUUCCUGACAGUCCCUGAUCCCGAGGACACGCAGAUCAUCAGCUGCCGCGGCGAGAACGACACUGUAACACACUCCAACCCUAAGGAGAAGCCGGCGCAGACUUUCCUAUGGCAAGCACCAACUGACUUCCUUGGUGGAAUCGAAUUCAGAGCAACAGUAGCACAAAGCUACGCGACCUUCUGGAAGAAUGUGGAAUCGGCAGUGGUUGAAGUGGUGACUCCAGACACCGUGGUCACCACUACGGCUGUGCCCGCUACCACUCAGAGGACCACUGUGGCUCCUCCUGUCGUUAUGGAGUCUAAGCCAAGAGCAGUUCCUACCCAACUCGACACCAUUUACCAGGGUUGUGCCGAGACUAAGCUCUGCUACGGAGUGCCCCAGAACUGCCUCAACGCGGGCAACUGCAAGGCCGUCGUGGCUGUCUUCGUCGCUGGCGACAAAUACACCUUCGAGAUCCAGGGAACGGACAACCCUAAAUACGUCGCUACUGCUCUGAGCAUGGACAACAAGAUGGGAGACGAUAGUGCUAUGGAAUGCGUCAGAAACGACAACGGAAGAGUCAGCCUCUUCACAUCCUGGACAUACCCUAAAGAGGAGCCCUACGUGCGAAGAUCUGACUCGCCUCAGGACAUUGUUCAGCUUUUAGAGUCUUCUGUGAUCGAUGGGAAGCUGUAUUGCAAGUUCACGAGAGAUGUGGAAUCCAAAGUUAUGGGACAGACGUUCAAUUUGGCUACGACGAAGUACAACUUGAUGGUGGUUUCUGGAGAUAGUAUGAAAGACCCCGAGCGAGUAGGCUUCCACAGCCUCGCGUACGAGUCGACGGGCGAGCCACUCGCCCUGUCAAGUGUGGGUGCCGCCGCGGGAGCCUCCAAGCUGCUGCUCAAAUUGCACGGGAGCUUCAUGAUCGCCGCCUGGCUGGGAAGCGCUUCACUGGGCAUUUUACUGGCACGGUAUUUCAGACAGACGUGGGUCGGAAAGCAGCUAGGCGGAAAGGACAUUUGGUUCGCCUACCACCGAAUGCUGAUGGUGCUGACGUGGCUGCUGACCGUGACUGGGUUCAUCCUGAUCCUAGUAGAAGUUGGCGGCUGGUCCACUACAGGAGACAACCCUCACGCCAUCACCGGCAUCGUUACAGUUGUUCUGUGCUUUAUACAGCCCAUCGGUGCUUACUUCAGGCCACACCCUGGAACUAAGAAGAGGCCUAUCUUCAACUGGGUGCACUGGCUAUUUGGCAACGCCGCCCACAUUUUAGGCAUCGCAACGAUCUUCCUGGCGGUGUACCUUCAGAAGGCGGAGCUCCCUCCGUGGAGCGUGUUCGUGCUGGCGGCCUUCGUCGCUUUCCACGUCAUCAUGCAUGUCGUGCUUUCCCUAACUGUGUGCGUGUCGGAGGGCAAGAUCAGCCGCAGUCCCGUGAACGUGUUCCCUAUGAAGGACAUGAUGGGACAGCAGCGGCAGGCCUCGCAGGUCGACAGGAGCAUCGACGCACCGUUCUCCAGCUUCCGUCGACUGCUCCUCGGCAUCUACGCGCCCAUAAUCCUCAUAUUCGUCGUGGCCAUGAUCUGCCUAGUCGCCCUCGCGCCCAUCGGAGACACCUACAACACCAUCAUGGGAGCUUGAACCUUAAUACGUUAGCGAUAAGAUUAAUUUAAGGUUGAAAAUGUAAAGCACACUUAGCCUUUCACAAUUCAGCUUAAAGUACACAUUCAAUUUUGAACCUUGGCAAGCUUGGUUUUAGGUUUAAAAUGUUGAACAUAGGUACUUGAACUUUGUCAAAGUGAGAUUCGAUAUUUUUUUUGUUCCACUGCCGAGUUCCGAUAUUUACCCUUAAAUUGUAUUUUUUUAUGACAGUUUUAAACGUGGUUGUAGUCUGCAACCACGACUUGUAGAUUUUCAAAUAAUAUUAAGAUAGCGUCUGCUAAAGUUGCAAACCUCGUAACUCAUUUCAAGGAAAUUAGUAAUUGCUACCUUAGCCAACAAUACCUAAAGUCGUGAACCUCGUAAUCCCUCCGGAGGAGUUACGAGCUUUUCGACUUUAGCCGAUGAAUUAGGUACUUGCUCAGUUAUGAAUCCGUCCUUAAAUAAAAUUCAAUGUUAGAUAUAGGUAAUAGGUGUAUUAUAUUAUAAAACUUUAGAAACAUUUUCAAUAUUGUGAGGUAGUAAAAAAUAUCAACAUAAAAUUUCCACAAUUCUCUUGUUGGUUUAAUAAGGAAUUAUUUAACUUUUUAUUAAUUUAUACGUUAAAUGUUGCAUUUUGUGGUUGUGCGUCAACUUGUGCAACUUGUGUGAAUGUUUCAUGAAGUUCAUUGAUAUAAUAUUGUAAUUUUAUCACAAUUUGUAAUUAAAUAGUCAAUGAAGUCAUAUUUCUUAAAAGUUAUUACUUAGAUUAAAGUAAUAACUUUAAGAAAUAUUACUAAGUAUUUACGAUUAUAACGAAAAUAAACAGUAUUCAGUUAGUGUUUAUAAAAUGAACAAUUUUUAUCGUAUUUUAGAGCAGAUUUUACUCUGGAAUAUUUAUUUAUAUGUAUGGUGCAAUUUGAAUCUCUAAUAGUGAAUAAGUAACAAAUAAAGUUAUAUUAAUUAAAGGUCACUUUCGUAAUGAAACUGCCAUAAUCAAUUGGUAUAUACAAAUCACAGAUUACUCUAUAAUUUAUUUACUUCAAUUAAUUUGUUUCUCAAUAAUUUACUUACUUUUCUUAUUUUUAAAAUUUAUAAGUAUUACAUGUACUAUUCUGGUACCCUUUCCUUUUUCUGGAACCUUACUUCUUCUAAUUAAAAUGUUUAUACUCUCAAUAUACACGGAGGAUUCUUGUUUAAAUUAAAUACAAAAACUGACACUGCCAUUUUGUGUAAGUGGCCAAUAUUUUUAUUAGUCAUUUCAGUGAUUUUAUGCUCCAAUACUGUACAAUAGAUUUUUGGAAAGAUAUAUAUUGUAA